UAGCCACAAGCGUGUUUGCGUCGUGGGUGCGUAGAAGUCAGAAGCCUGAGAUCUGCAACAUCCCGGCCCCAGGACCCUCUCCCCCAAGGAGGAGGACGUGCUGCCGACUCAGCGCGGGGCAGCGCGGGGCAGCGUGGGCACGCGAGGGGCUCUACCCCCUUGGCUCCCCCGGUAGAGAAGGUAGGGUUACAGGGCACAGGUGACCGAGCCGGAGAAAGAUGGAGCAGCCUGGGGCGGCGGCGUCCGGAACGGGAGGCGGCAGCGAGGAGCCCGUUGGGGGCCGGAGCAACAAGCGUAGCACCGGGAGCCGGGCCGCCAACGAAGAGGAAACGAAAAACAAACCCAAAUUGAACAUUCAAAUAAAAACUUUGGCAGAUGAUAUGCGUGACCGAAUUACAAGUUUUAGAAAAUCCACCGUCAAAAAAGAAAAACUUCUCAUUCAACAUCCUAUUGAUUCUCAAGUUGCUGUGAGUGAGUUUCCAGCAGCUCAGCCUUUAUAUGAUGAACGAUCUUUGAAUUUGUCAGAAAAGGAGGUUGUGGAUCUCUUUGAAAAAAUGAUGGAGGACAUGAACCUUAAUGAAGAAAAGAAAGCUCCUUUACGAGACAAAGAUUUUACCACCAAGCGUGAAAUGGUUGUUCAGUAUAUUUCUGCUACUGCCAAAUCUAUAGUUGGAAGUAAAGUUACGGGUGGGCUGAAAAAUAGCAAACAUGAAUGCACCCUAUCUUCACAAGAGUAUGUCCAUGAAUUACGAUCUGGCAUUUCUGAUGAGAAACUUCUUAAUUGCCUGGAAUCGUUGAGGGUUUCUUUAACCAGCAAUCCUGUCAGCUGGGUUAACAACUUCGGUCAUGAAGGUCUGGGACUCCUUUUAGAUGUGCUGGAAAAGCUCCUGGACAAAAAACAGCAAGAAAAUAUUGAUAAAAAGAAUCAGUAUAAACUUAUUCAAUGCCUCAAAGCAUUUAUGAAUAAUAAGUUUGGAUUGCAAAGAAUUCUGGGAGAUGAAAGGAGCCUUUUCCUAUUGGCAAGAGCAAUUGACCCCAAACAACCCAACAUGAUGACUGAAAUAGUAAAAUUACUCUCUGCUAUUUGUAUUGUUGGAGAAGACAACAUCCUAGACAAACUUUUAGGGGCUAUUACGGCAGCAGCAGAAAGAAAUAACAGGGAACGAUUUUCACUAAUUGUGGAAGGAUUAGAAAGUCAUGAGGCCUUGCAGUUACAGGUGGCAUGCAUGCAGUUGAUAAAUGCCCUUGUCACUUCUCCAUAUGAUCUUGAUUUUCGAAUACAUUUAAGGAAUGAAUUCCUUCGUUCAGGCCUCAAGACAAUAUUACCAGAUCUCAAAGAAAAAGAAAAUGAUGAGCUUGAUAUUCAGUUAAGAGUGUUUGAUGAGAAUAAAGAAGAUGACAUAACUGAACUAUCACACCGUCUCAAUGAUAUUCGAGCUGAAAUGGAAUAUCCUUUGAUAAACUAUAAAAAUAACUUGUGUAAACAGUAUUUGUGGGUGAUUUUGUGGACCAUUAUUAGAAUUCUUAUAGGCUAUCUCAUAUUAUACCCAUUUAUUUGCUUUGGACCCUCACUGCCCCAGUAUUAUAAAAUAAUUGAGGAGUGUGUUUCACAGAUUGUACUGCACUGCAGUGGUAUGGACCCAGACUUCAAGUAUAGGCAAAGAUUAGACGUUGAUUUCACUCAUCUGAUAGAUUCCUGUGUGAACAAGGCAAAAGUUGAAGAAAGUGAACAAAAAGCAGCAGAAUUUUCAAAAAAGUUCGAUGAAGAAUUCACCGCUCGACAGGAAGCUCAAGCUGAGCUUCAAAAAAAAGAAGAAAAAAUCAAAGAGCUAGAAACAGAAAUCCAGCAACUUCGAACCCAGGUAUUCUCUGGUUCAUCUGGUACUACAGGGCCUCCCCCAGCUCCUCCCAUGUCUGGUGCUGGGCCAUGUUCACCACCACCUCCACCUCCACUUCUACCUGGAGCAGGUCCUCCCUCCCCACCUGGAAUGCUUGGUAGUCCACCACCACCACCACCACCUUUGUUUGGGGGACCUCCUCCACCACCACCUCCCCCUGGAGGAGUGUCUGUGAGUCUACCAUAUGGAAUGAAACAGAAAAAAAUCUAUAAGCCUGAAGUGUCCAUGAAGAGAAUCAAUUGGUUAAAGAUUGAGCCUAAAGACUUAUCUGAAAACUGUGUCUGGCUAAAAGUAAAAGAAGAGAAAUUUGAGAAUCCAGAUCUUUUUGCAAAAUUGGCCUUGAAUUUUGCCACCAACAUAAAAGUUUCAAAAAGUGCAGAAGCUUCAGAAGAAAAGAAGGCUGUGCCUAUAAAGAAGAAAAUGAAAGAAUUGAGGAUUCUGGACACCAAAACAGCCCAAAAUCUAUCAAUUUUCCUGGGAUCAUAUCGUAUGCCAUAUGAAGACAUAAAAAACAUUAUUCUGGAGGUUAAUGAAGACAUGCUGAGUGAGGCUUUAAUUCAGAAUCUUGUGAAGCAUCUUCCUGAGCAGAAAACACUUAAUGAACUAGCGCAGCUGAAGAAUGAAUAUGAUGACCUCUGUGAGUCUGAGCAGUUUGGAGUUGUGAUAAGCUCAGUGAAAAUGCUGCCAUCUCGCCUCAAAAGCAUUCUUUUCAAGCUCACUUUUGAAGAACAUGUCAACAACAUCAAACCCAGCAUCAUAGCAGUAACUCUUGCUUGUGAAGAACUGAAGAAAAGUGAAAGCUUUAACAAACUUUUGGAGUUAGUUCUGUUGAUUGGAAACUACAUGAACUCAGGCUCAAGAAAUGCCCAGUCUUUGGGUUUUAAGAUCAACUUUCUUUGUAAGAUUAGAGAUACAAAGUCAUCAGAUCAAAAAACAACACUUUUGCAUUUUCUUGCUGAACUUUGUGAAGAGAAAUACAGAGAUAUUCUGAAGUUUCCUGAAGAACUGGAACAUGUAGAGAGUGCAAGCAAAGUUUCAGCCCAGAUUCUCAAGAGCAGUCUUACAGCCAUGGGAGAACAAAUCGCCUGUCUGGAAGGUGACAUCAAGAGAUUUCCAGAACCAGAAAGCCCGCAUGAUAAGUUUGUGGAAAAGAUGAAGAACUUUAUCAAAACUGCCAGAGAACAAUUUGAAAAGCUAUCCACCAUGCACAAUAACAUGAUAAAGCUCUAUGAAAACCUUGGAGAAUACUUCAUUUUUGAUUCUAAGACUGUGAGCAUAGAAGACUUUUUUGGCGAUCUCAACAACUUCCGAACUCUGUUUUUGGAAGCCAUGAAAGAAAACAAUAAGAGAAAAGAAAUGGAGGAGAAGAGUAGGAGAGCCAAGCUUGCAAAAGAGAAAGCAGAACAAGAAAAGGUAGAGCGCCAGAAGAAAAAGAAACAGCUCAUCGAUAUGAACAAAGAGGGUGAUGAGACUGGUGUGAUGGAUAAUCUUCUAGAAGCCCUGCAAUCAGGUGCAGCAUUCCGAGACCGUAGAAAGCGGAUUCCGCGGAACUCAGAUAACAGACGAGUACCUUUGGAAAGGUCACGCUCUCGCCACAAUGGAGGAGCCUUGUCAUCUAAGUGAUUGCUGAUACCAAAGAAUAUGAAAUUAUUUAAGUAAACAAAAUCAGAUAAUUUGAGAAGAACAAAACAUGCACUCAAGGGUUGGAGUCAACUAAAUGCAUUUCUGUAAAGUUAAGCCAAGCUGGAUAAAGUAGUGUGUGUUUGUAAACAGUACUCCUCCCACAAUUAUACUAAUUUGAGCACAACUGUCAUGGUUAUAACAUUUACACUUAAGGGUAAUGCUAUAUAUUAGUUGUCAUUGUGUAACCUGGCUCUGAAGAGGAAAGUAUUAGAAAUUGAAGAGUUCUAAGGCUUUCAAAAACAUUCAAUCUGUCAAAAAAUUUAAAUCUGAUAUGGCUGGGUCACGCCGGCUCUACUCCCCCAAAACAACAAGAAGAGUAAGAAGCAAGAGAACAAAAGAAAUAGAAUUAUUUAGCAUCUGCUUCUACCAUUUAUUAUGUAUCUAAAAGGAAAAGGUCUAGAAAGAUAUUCAUGUUAAUGUUUUGAAAAGGGGCUCAUAUUGCCCACCAUUUGGGGAUUUCAACAAACAUACUGUUCUACCCAAGCCAAAUUAUUUAGAAUCUUGUCACAAGUGAAAACUGAUGGAUUCAUUUACUUUGGCUGAAAGUAAACUUAUCAUUAGUCUAGUUUUCCAGCAUGAUAUUGCAGGCACUUGUCAUUGCUAAAAAUAAACCAAAGUUUAAAGAAUUAGUUAGGGAAAAUGAUUUAAACCUUAAAGAAGUAUUUUCUAAUUAUGCAUAGAUAUCUAGUUUAUACUAAUACUUUAUAUUGCUAUUUUAAGAGGAAAAACCUACAUUUUAAUGUUUAUGCUAGAGAUGAACCUGAAAAUUCUAAUACCUUUAUUUAGAUUUUAAAGAAAAACACUGAGUCCUAUUUUGUGGUGUUUUUUUUCCUCCCUAUUCUUUCUCCCUUGACCCACUUGAAGGGAGUGGAGAGAGUUCUAAAAGACUUGAGAGGAAACAGAUUUCUUAUGAAGGAGGCAAUAAAAGGUGAAUUGUUUUUCUCCCUUUUUACUCCCCUUGCCUACUUGAGUGAUCUGAAGAAGAAAUUCUAUGUAUGUAUGUAUAUAUGUUUGCAUAUAUUUAUAUCUCUCUAUAUAUCUUUGCAGUGAUUCCAUAUCUCAGUAACAAGUGAAUUUCUCAGUCAUCAUCAUAUUUACUUACUUUCUAUUAACAAAUUUAACAAUGUUGCUAUAAUAAUUCUCAGAAGGAAAACAAGCUCAACAUUUUUUUAGUUGAGAGAGUGAAAGUUUUACUUAACAUGUCUGUAAGUUGAAAAUACAUGUUGAAAUAAUUGCUAUAUGUUCUCUAGAGUAUAAUUUUAAGACUAAUUCAUGCAGAAUAUUGUGAUUACUGUAAAAGAUUUUUGUAUCUAUAUUUCUUAUAUAGAAAAUCCUGUUUUUACUUCUCUAAAGAGCAUUAUAGACAUUUGUACCCAAGAACAAUGGCUAGUUUAAAAAGUCACCAUCUGAGAUAAUAUAAACAAGUGACCACUAGUUCUGAUUCUUAACUCUGGAGUUGUUACAUUAGAGAAAUCAAAUAGUAACAAUAUCUGAAAUUUUCCAUUUUUCUUAUCUAAAAGCAUACAUGCACAUACUUGCAUGAACACAUGCACAUAGACACACAAACAUGUUUAAGGACGUAUCAAUUUUGUGCACUCUUUUUAUUAACAACUAACACAAAGGUUAGGUUCCAUUAAUUUAUGUAAAUAUCUAUUGCAUUUUGAAUUCACAAAGUCUUUUAUGAGGUCUUUGUGGUAUUUCAUAUUUGAGGCUCUUAAUAACUUUUCAUGUUAUAGAAAAACACCUCAAAUUGGGGGUAUUUGCCAUGCGAUAUUAUCAAGUUGGUCAAGGUAGAAAUACUGAUGUUUAUAUCACCUUUUCUGGAUGUGAACUUGCCUUAUUUUCUAGCUUGUGAAGAAGUAAGAAUGGAGCACUAUUAUUGAUAAAUUAUGCAUUUGUAUUUCAAGCAAUUCCACAUGCUUUUCACAAACAUCAAAAGCCUUUCAGAGCCUAAUUAAAAUGUUUGCUCAUUUGGUAUAGAUCUCUAAUCACUUGCAGUUUUGUUUUACAUUGAAAAUUAUCACCCAUAUUUAGCAUAGGACUAAAUCUUACUAAAAUAUUUUAUUACUGCCACACAUGACAGUAUCAUUUAUGCAAAUUAUUUUACUCCCUCCAGAGGUAUGACAGAUGACUUUUUGUCUUGUCUAGUUUCAGGUGGCUAUGAGCAUUUCUUGGCUUAUGGACACAUUUCCCACUGUUUUUUUUUUUGGGGGGGGG